AUGAAACUAAGACAAUUUUUAUCGAAUAGUAAUGUAUUGCAAAAUGUCUUUCGAAGAUAUGUGUCGAGUGUUAGUAUAAAUGUGCAGUCGUUGACAUCAAUUCAUGUGAAAUCGAGAGAUUUUAUGGAAACUUCUGACAACAAAGUCAAAUUCACUCUUUGUGAUGCACAACAAAAAGAAAUUGAAGCUUCCAAAGUCGAUUCAUUUAAAGUACUUAACACAAAAGACGCAUUCAAGCUUGAUUUUGAUGGUAGACAUGAGCUCUCUUUGAUAUUGGAGCUUCCUGUGGAAUCUUCUCCUGAUGUUUGCAUUGAAAUUAUUGCUGGAUGUGCGAAUGUUCAAGUUGGGAAUUUACAAGCCAAAGCAGUUGAUGUUAAACUUGAUGAAGGGCAUGUGGGAUUAAAGAAUCUAAAAAGUGAAUCAAUUAGAGCUCUGACAGAACGUGGUGAUAUCAAGACACAAAGCAUUUUGCUGGGAAAAAUUAUUCAAUUGAAUAUUUCAAUCGAAAAAUCACAAGGUGAUAAUCUGGAAGUUGAAGGUACUAAUGUGGUUGUGGACAGCUGUUACAGUACAAGCAACAAGUUUAAAUCGACAAGAGAAGCAAUUCUCAAGAAUCUCCAUGCAAAUUCAACAAUCCAAUCAAGUGGUGGCAAGUUCAAACUUUCAGGCUUUUCUGGGACACUUCAAGCUGUUUUAGAUAAUGAUGAUGUGGAAAUUCAAUUGUCAGAGCUUUAUGGUGAUAGCAAUAUCAGUACAACGAACGCACACGCAGAGAUCAAGUUGGGAUUAUCAGAAAAAAUUAUAAAGGAAACUGAUUUUAAACUGUCAUCACAUUGUGCGAUUGAGAAUUCCAUUAAUGAGUUGAUUGUUUGUCAAUUCAAUCCAAACUCUUUUAAGAUUAAUCACGAUGGCAGAGACAGUCGACUUAAAGUGAAAAUUGAAGAAGGAAAAUCAUUAAAAUUAAGUAAAAUGUCAUGGAUUGACUCAUUGAAGUUAAAAAGUUCACUUCCAUCUAUUUAA